AUGUACAGGUCUCCGAGCGGCGUCCUGCGAGCGCAGCACUACCCUCUGACCCCAGGCCAGUACUGGAGGAUGGAGGGGUCGUCAAUGCAGUUGUUCAUCGCCAUGGCAACACACAUCCACAUCUCACACGUCACGAUCGGACACAUCACCGCAGAACAGUCUCCCAACGGCAACAUCUCCUCCGCACCAAAAGAGUUCAGCGUUUAUGGACUGAAGCGGUUUAAGGGAGAAGAGACGCUGCUGGGGAAGUUUGAGUUCCAGGAUAAUGGAGAGUCCUUUCAGACCUUUGAGGUCCACGAACACAUGGACACAGUUUUUAAGUUUGUUCGUCUUCAGGUGGAAAACAACCACGGCAGCGAUUACACAUGUCUUUACAACUUCAGGGUUCACGGAAAUCUUCCAACCAACCCUCCUCCUCUUUUCUAA